AUGCUGAGCUACUUUGAUGGGUUGGUGGUAGGCAUUUACGCGGGGAAGUCAUUGGCCUCAGAUACCAUCUCGUCCAUGAUUGACCAUCUGUCUGAUCGGCACAGAGAGCUGAGCAAUGCUACUGCCAGUAUGCUAGUACAGAUUUGUGGCCAGGAAAGUGACAUGGAUCAUACAGCUGGUGUGGCAAUAGCAUUGGAAACCGACAUUGACUAUGUUCAAUCCGCGUUGCUGUCAUGGAAUCAGGGAGAGUGUGCCAUCAAACCCAAAGCGGCAGACGACCGAUCCACUUCCCAAGACAUCAUCGUCCAUCAAGUGCCUCUUCCAGCCGCUGUUAGCUCAGUGGCCAAGGACUUUACGGACUUGAAGCUUUCAUCCAAGAGAUUGGAAGGAUUCACAAACACCGUCGAACUUUUAGAUACUCCGGCGAAUGCGAAGUAUUGCACCAAGCACCAAAUUGCCCCCGGCGAGUCAUGCGCUUCGAUAGCAAAAGCAUGCAAGAUCUCAGUCGCUGAUUUUCUCAACAAACCACUCCCUGAAGACAAUGGUGACUGCUUUACACACACCAUAAAGGCAGGCGACGACUGUUCAGUCAUUGGUCUGCCUUGGAACCUCACACCAAACGACAUAGAAGGGUUCAACAACAAGAUAACCUGGGGUUGGAGAGGCUGCCCCAACUUAACCAUUGGUCUCAAAAUCUGUUUGAGCAAAGGCUCGCCACCGAUGCCAGCCCCCGUCAGCAACGCCGUCUGUGGCCCCCAAAAGCCCGGAACCGUCAGUCCAGGGCCAGUCACAGAUGCUUCUGCCCUGGCUUGGCUCAAUCCAUGCCCUCUCAACUCUUGUUGUAACGUUUGGGGUCAAUGUGGAAUCGAUUCUCUCUUUUGCAACAAAGCAGACGGGCCGACGGGAAAUCCUGGAACCGCACCGCCUGACUCGAAUGGAUGCAUCUCAAACUGCGGCACCGACAUUGUAAACAACGACAACCCCCCCUCGGGCGGAUUUCAACGCAUUGGCUAUUAUGAAGCAUUCAACUGGGAGCGCUCAUGCUUGCAUAUGAGGUCCAAGAUGGCAAACACGCAAAAAUACACUCAUAUGCAUUGGGCGUUUGGAGACGUCAAAAGCUUGAAGGACGUCAAAAAGAUUGUUUCGUUUGGCGGCUGGGGGUUUUCAGCCGGAGUUGCAUCAUAUGAAGUGCUCCGCAAAGCUAUGUCUCCCGAGAGCCGAGAUCGCUUCGUUUCAAACAUUGUUUCUUUUGUAAAAGAAGCAAACAUCGAUGGCAUAGAUCUUGGUUGGGAAUACCCUGGCGCACCUGAUAUACCUGGUAUUCCAGCAGGCUUACCAAGCGAUACCCGCAACUAUCUCGAUACACUGCGCGCAUUGCGAAAAGCGUUGCCAGCCAAAUAUUCUGUGUCCAUUGCUGUCCCUGCCUCGUACUGGUAUCUCAGGCCUUUUCCGAUCCAAGAGAUGUCCCAAAUGGUGGAUUACAUCGUAUACAUGGCAUACGAUCUUCACGGUCAAUAG